AUGUCUACACAAUAUAUUGUGAAUGCUCAUUACAAAGGAGAAAUUCAGUCAUCUGAUGCUGUUGGGAUUAUUUUUGCAAACACAGAAAUUUGUCGUUUGAAGAUAAGCAGAAAUCCUAAUUUUAAUUACCUGCGGAGUAGGUUGGAAUCAAAGCUGCAAGCUGGUUCGAUUUCACAAAUUAUUUAUCGAAAUGUAAUUUUUUUCGGUAAUGAUAAUGUGAAAUUUGUUCCUCUGAAGGUCCGAGACGACGAUGAUGUCGAAACAAUGUUUGCGAAUCAUGAAAUUACUGGCUUUGAUUACAUUGAUCUCUACAUAAAAUUUCAAAGAGUUGAACAAGAAAAUGCAGCAAUAAUUCCUAAUGAAAAUGUUGAAGAAGACGAUGAUGAAGAAACUGAAGCACAAGUUGAUGAUCUGUUUACCACUCUGUUCGAAACAGAUGCAAUCAAUGAAGAGGAGCAACAAAUUCCAGUUGAAAAUGUGUAUUGUCCACCGCCCCACCUUACAACGUUGCAACUAACUGAAGACCAACCUUCGUUUGCAUGGCCACGGAAUCCUCGUCUUCCGAUGGAGGGUGACAUAGCUGUGGGUAACCAGUUUAAAACAAAAGCCGAUUGUGUUCGUGCCAUCUCAAAAUAUCAUAUGAAACAAUGUAUUGAUUUCAAGGUGAAUUUUUCUGACAAAAAAAGAUAUGAAAUAGGUUGUAGAAACGCUACAUGCAAGUUUCGACUUUUGGCGUCCUUUAGAAAGAGGAGCGACCUAUGGGAGAUAGGCAUUAUGAACCCACCACAUAGUUGUUCAACAACUAUGUUCAAUCAAGAUCAUAGGCAACUUAGCUCUCAGAUAAUGUGUCAACAUUUAAUGCCCCUUGUUGAUAAGGACCCUUCAACUAAGGUGAGCGUAUGUAUUAGUGAGAUUGUGUCUGAGUUCAAAUUUACUCCGUCGUACAAGAAAACAUGGAUUGCAAGGAAUAAGGCUAUCGAACAGGUAUACGGUAACUGGGAGAACUCAUACAAUGAGUUGCCACACUACUUGUUAGCUCUCAAGAAAUUUGUUCCUGGUACAGUGGUAGAAAUGCAAACACUUCCCGUAUAUACAGAUGACAGAACUGUUGUCAAUGGAAAACAAAUUUUUCAUCGACUUUUCUGGGCAUUCCAACCAAGCAUUAGAGGGUUUGCAUAUUGCAAACCUAUACUUCAGGUUGAUGGUACCUGA